ACCCGGUCUUCCUUCCUUCGUAGCUCUUCACAAUCAGUAACAUCACAUAAUUAAAAAUAUUGCACCUAUAUUGAAAUCACUUAUUGAUUGAAGAAUCUGGCUCAAAAUACGCCUAAAGUUUGGAUCUACAUUGUACAAUCAUGCCUUCGGUGAAGCGGAGGAAGACCGAGAAAAAUACAUCUUCGGGCUUGAAAUCGAAGCAAGCAAAAGAGUCAAAAGAAACCUCCCCAUUAGCUUCGCCGGAGCCAAUAGAGGAGAAUCAGAACAAUGAAGUAGAGGAAGGGGCGGAGGAAGAAGAGAUCGCAAAGUCAUUCAAAGAUUUAGUUUGUAAUUACUUUUCUAUCGAGAAAAAUGUUUACUGACAGUUCCAGGGUAUCGUCGAUUCAUUAUGCGAAGCAUGCGACACCUUGGGAUACAAAGCUCCAACUCAUAUUCAAAGGGAAUCUAUACCACUCGCACUUCAAGGAAGAGAUUUGAUCGGCUUGGCAGAAACGGGAAGUGGAAAAACAGCUGCGUUUGCGCUACCAAUUCUCCAAUCUUUACUUGAUAAACCACAGCCUCUCUUUGGAUUGGUUUUAGCACCGACUCGUGAACUUGCAUAUCAAAUUUCUCAAUCAUUCGAGGCCCUUGGAUCUGUUAUCAGAGUAAAAUGUGCGGUUAUAGUAGGAGGAAUGGACAUGGUUCCACAGGCAAUUGCUUUGGGUAAAAAACCUCAUAUUAUAGUCGCCACUCCUGGUCGUCUUCUUGAUCAUCUGGAAAAUACGAAAGGCUUUUCCUUGCGAUCACUGAAAUAUCUAGUUAUGGACGAAGCCGAUCGAUUACUUGACCUCGAUUUCGGACCUAUUCUGGAUAAAAUCCUCAAAGUUCUACCUCGGGAGCGCCGAACAUAUCUCUUUUCCGCAACUUUCAGCUCCAAAGUCGAAAGCCUUCAACGAGCAAGUUUGAAAGACCCACUCCGAGUAAGCAUCAGCAGCAACAAAUACCAGACUGUCUCGACUCUUAUUCAGAACUACAUAUUCAUACCAUUGGUUCACAAGGAUACAUAUUUGAUAUACCUCUUGAAUGAGUUCGCAGGACAAUCCGCCAUUAUAUUUACACGGACAGUCAACGAGACACAGAGAAUAGCGAUUCUGUUACGAACCCUUGGAUUUGGAGCCAUUCCGCUACAUGGACAACUUUCACAGUCUUCUCGCUUGGGCUCCUUGAAUAAGUUCCGUGCAGGUUCAAGAGAAAUCCUUGUUGCAACUGAUGUCGCUGCCCGCGGUUUGGAUAUUCCUUCAGUUGACGUUGUAUUGAACUACGACAUGCCACAGGACAGUAAAACAUAUAUUCACAGAGUUGGACGAACCGCUCGUGCAGGGAAAUCCGGACAUGCAAUUAGUUUCGUCACGCAAUAUGAUGUAGAAAUUUGGAUGCGCAUUGAGGCUGCAUUAGGCAAAAAGCAGGAGGAAUACCAAAUUGUGAAGGAUGAGGUCAUGGUAUUCAAGCCUAGAGUGGAAGAAGCUCAAAGGCACGCUAGGAAUGAGAUGAAGAAUUUGCACGAAGAUAGAGGGAAGAGGGGUGCAGUGUUGAAAGGAAGAAGACCUGCAAAUGGUGCUAAACGAGGUCGUGAUGAAAUGGAUAGAGAGGAAGGCUAACCAGGCACAUAUUUGUGAUAGUGGGAAAGUAAAAAGUUCAAUACCCAAUAAUAUAAUGUCUCGAUGUAUUUGCAAAUUCCUGAUU